UUAAUAACUUCAAAUAGUCUGAGCACAGGAUAGCUGGGUGACAGUUUGGUGAUAGAACCUGGGUUCAUAAGACUUUGAAAUGAAUUCUCAGUUUCUAGGAAAACAGCAGGGUUAGCUUAAAGGCCAGUAUGUUAGUCACCUGUUAGAAAGUUUUGGUUUGUGGGGGAGGGGUCUAAUGAUUAUUUCUUUAGUGUUUGCUCUUGAGUUUAUUUCCUUUGUUAGUUCUUUUGGGUAUCAGUUCUAAUUUAACUGCUAUAUUAAACAAGAGUUACUCCUCUGUGGACUGUGGGGUCUGAUUCACUAUCUUGUUUCAUUUAUUUGUUUGGACACUUGACUCAGUAGAUCUCCACUUCUAUCUGGUGGCAGCUAAUACAAAAAGGAAGUCCAAACUACUCUAAAAGUGAAGAUGAAUCCAUAUUUAAAAGUCAUCUUUGAAAAAAUAAAAAAGUAAGCUUUGCCCUGCAAUCACAUCUUAGAGAUGGCAUUCUAUUUUGUGUCAAGUAGAAAUCAUUUUUAAAGUAUCACUUCAUUUUCGUAGAGAGGAUCAUUAAUUUAGUUUUUAGAUGUAUCAACAUUCCUGCCUUGAUGGUUAGUUGGGACAUUUCCCUAGAGAAAUUAGUAUGGAGCUUACUUUUUUGCCUAAAAUAUUGAAGUAGUUAAUGUAAAAAUAAAUUACCUACAUCAGUGAUUUGCAAUCCUCUCUGCUGAUUAAAAUUCCCUGGGGAGCUUUUAAAAAUUACAGAUCCCAGGUCCCCACCCUUAACUAACUAAAACAAGGAGUGGUGGCCAGGCAUGGUUCUUUUUGGUUUUGUUUUUGUUUUUAUUUUUUUAAAAAAAGCUCCUUAGGUGAUUCACAGCCUACGUUAGAACACCCACCUAGAUAGGUCAAGCCCAAAAAUUAACCAAUCGAUCAUUCCCCAUUUGUGUUCUAAUUUGAGGCAUUGCUUCAGUGUGAUUUGUUUUAAAACCACAAGUGAUCUCUCUUACCUGUAGCUUUAAAUCCAAAUAUAUUUAGAAAACAGCCAUUUUACUAACCAAUUUUUCAGGUCUCAGCUCCCUACAACCUUGUUUCAAUCUUGUUGAACUCAAAGCCUUUGAACACUCCCUGAACUGUUAUUCCUCCAUGUUUGAGCUUCUUGCUAUUUUCUUUCUGACACACCUGAAUCUCUUUCUAUACUUGGCAAAAUUGCACUUGUCCUUUAAAGGCCAGUAUCAUUGCUUCUGACACUGGGCUGAUCAUAAUAAUUUUAUAUAAUGCUGAUUUGUAUAAAUUCACAUCACUUGUAUAUUUUCCUGAAGAGACAAAGUCACAUUAUCUAGUGAUAAGUAUACAGUUAAUAAUAGCUCUCUUCAAACUUUAUCUAAGUGUAUCUAUCAUAUUGUCACUUAGUUACUCCAAUAUCAAUAAUUACUUAGAUAUAUAAUUCUAGAUGGAGGCAUUUGAUUCAAGUUUAUGAAUUAUUUCUCAUAGACGUUUGAAUUAUGUUCUGAACAGUUGCAAAUUCCAAUGCCUUUUAUUCUAGCUCCUUGAAUCAUUAUAGGAAAACUAUAACAUAUGAUUUUUUUUUUCUGCUUCAAAUGGGACUAUCCAGACUAAAAAUUAGAAACAUUUAAAAUAUUGACAUCCAUAUUCUUUUGAUAUGUUGAUUUUUCACAUUUGCUUACAGUAUGUGUUUCAAAUAGGAAAUAAGCGGAUAUGAUUUCUUUUUCUUUACUCCUUUCAGCUUUGAUGCCACAGGAAGCCAGCUUGCUAACUCCCUGAUACCUGAUAUUUCCCUGACUAAAAAGACUCUCAGAUGAGGAGGAUCAGCAUUUCCCCCUAGAUAGGAGUUGUGAAUUCUCAUCUUCCUAAAGAUACAUAUGUCCCUUAAAAGGGUCCAGAAUAUUUCCUGCAAAACUGUCUCAGUCAUAGGAGCACCUAUUAAAGCUAUUAUCAGAAGGCUGAGGGAAGAAAUGCAACCUCCCUACAACAGAAAAAACAAAUGCAUCCUAAAAUAGGCCAGGAACUUGAACGUCAGCAAGAUUAGGAGGGGAAGAAGGGGAGGAAACAACGUUUUAAAUGAAAAUUUGAUUUAAAAAUUAAAGCUUAUCCUUCAUUUCUCUAGGUUAAGCCUUCUGGCUUCUUUCUUGCUGCUAGAAUUUCGGGAAAUGUAGAAAUAGUAGAGAAGAAUUUGUGUUAAUAUUUUGAGUUUUUUUUUCUUAAUUUAGGAAUAUUUUUGGUUUGUUAGGGUGGCCUGUAGCACAAUCUAUAAUUAUGCAGGUUGCAAUUUACAUCCAGUCACCAACAGAAGAGUUAACUUUUCUAGGACAAUUGCAAGAUCUCUUCAGAUAGGAAAAAUUUCUAUAAUUGAGAAACUACUCAGCUUUUAGACAGGAGCGCAUAACAUCCAGGUAAUUCCAUGCCCAUGUCGACUGUUCCUUUCCUCUAGAGUCUGUAUUGUUCUUUCUCCAUAGAACUUCAUCCCGGUCAAGCUACAGGCAAUAGCCCCCGUUAGGUGCGCACUGCAAGCCCACCACUGGAGGGCGUCUGCACGCUUCCAAACAGCUCUGAAGCGCCUGGAAAGCGACUCGAAAGCGCAGGAGGAAGAACGUGGUAUUUGAUUUUAUUGGGCUAAUAAGUAAAGGGGAGAACAAGCAGGUUUGGGAGCAAAACUAAGCUACUUUCUUACUUCGGAUCAGUCCUUCUCUGUGAGGCAGCAGAUUCCCUAGAGAGCAAAAAGAAAAUAAUACCACGCAGGACCGAGCCCGCGGAAUCCCACGAGGGCGAGUCUCGAGGGUUUGCAACCGCGCAGCGCCCGGGCGUAGGGCUAGUUUACUGGUCGCUGGAGGACACCAGGACGUGUCCCAAAGCGCGGGGACCGUCUCGGCUGUCAGGCGAUCGCGCGAUGUUGGCGGCCCGGCCGAGGUGCUGCAACAUUUUCUAGAAACCCAGGAAGGCAAGGCCUUUUUCCAAUAAUAAAAGAACUCCUUCCCUGACCUCCAUUUCUCCCGCACCGGAUUCUUUCAAAGCAUUUUUCUUUUGGAGAGAGCAGCGAGUCAACCUCGGAGUUGAAAUAGUAAAGGUGUAAGGUAAUUCAGUUGGUCGCCGCUGUGUUCACUUCCUUCCUGCCAAAGGUUCGCAAUGAAUUGUAAUUUUAUACUGUGAUUUUCUCGAUUAAAAAAUAAAAAAUAAGAAUUUAAAGAAAAAUCUUGCUCGCUGCUCAUGAACCUUUAAAUCCCUGGUAGCAAGAUGGGAGUUGAAAGGCACAUGAGAAAUGCUCAGGUUUCCCGAUAACUCGGUGCCAGGCUGAAGAACAGGACAGAUAUUUACAAGAACACGUAUUUACUAUGGUUCCCUGCCAGCCGGCUCCUGGGACUUCCUGUCACUUGAGGGGUCAAGGAGACAGAUUUCGAUUCUCCGGCUACAGUUCCUUUGUAACGGAAAGACCCUACUCUCAGGUGAAAAGAUGUCAAAUCACUCCUCAGCCCAGAAGGAAGUCAGCAUCCAAAGGGUUACGCGCGACUGCUGGAUUUGGGCGGAGGAGAAGGCGCCUCGGCACUCCCAGUAAUUCAAUUAGUCAGGUUUCUGGAAGGUGGGGCCGGGAGGGGGGCAGAGGGCGUGGAGAAGGGAGGAGAUUAGGAAAACGCCUCUUUCUCGUGGAGCAGACCAAUCCGGUUGGAGUAAAGAGAGAAAAAAAAAACCCGAUCUGUAAGCAAACAGCAGGCCGUUCCCUGACUGGCUGCUCCAGCCACCCCACCCCUUCCCAAGUAAACUGCAAGGAAAAAAAAAAAAAAAAAAAAAAAAAAAAAGCAGCCCACAUGACCCGGGCCCGGCGGCAGCAGCGCUGGCUGGGCGCGGGCUGGCGGCGCCUCCCCCUCUCCGUCCGGAGCUCACACCCGCGCUCGCGCAGCCUGCUUGCCCCGCGCCCUGUGCUACACGCCCACCCCCCCCUUCUCGACGCCCUCGUCCACGUUCACGCGCGCGGCCUCGAGCUCCGGUGUGGCUGCUGCUGCUGGGUCGCGGCUGCUGUCGGCUUUACACGCAGGUCAUUAACGAGGGGGCGUGCCCGGGGAGAUUUUUCCCAUAAAGCAUUUUUUCUCUCUCUUUUUUCUCUUUUGCAAAACUGACUUUUACCCCUUUCCACUUCUCGCCAGUCGUUUCAAUUCCUCCCGGGCUGCUUGGGCUGGUGCUGCUGCACUCAAGUUUAUUUUCCCGCCUGGUAAAGGUUUGUGGAUUCUGUUGGUGGUUUUCACCUCUUGCUGCUGCUGUGACCAAGGAGGGAAAGAGGAGCAGCUGCGGGAGGAACGGGGAGGUUUUCUGAUGUAGUCAUCGGGGAGGUGCCACACGCUCGUGCGCUCUCUCUCUCUCUUUUUUCUCCUUUCGCAUUUCAAAACUGAUUGAUGCAUCUCUACAAGUUGCCGGGCUUGGGGUCGGACCAGUCGGAGUCGCAGAGACACUUCUGAGAGCUCACGCAGGGCUCUUGGCACCGCGUCUGGGGGCUCAGUUUGCUCCCGAAAAGCGAUCGGAGACUGACAUCAGCCCAUCCAAGAGUUAGAGGGAUUCAUUUGAAAGUGAUUGUUUCCCCUCCCGCUCUCCAGCCGAACAGUUGGCUUGGCCGCGUCCUGCAGGUUUCGGCAUCCCAGCUCCGCCUAGCUGGCUGGUUUCUAACCUCUGGUACACUCAUUCCUGGCCAAGAAAAGCACGCGCGAGAAAUCCCAGAGACCCGUCAGAGGCUGGGGUGUCGCCUCUCGCCGCCGCCGCAGUCCGAUUCAGCCGGAGGACCUGCCGGAAGACGUGAAAAAGCCAAACUUUUCUUUGAGGUUUGCGAGGCAAGACUACUCCUCGCCUGCUUAGCUGCCGCUUAACCAGUUCUAGGACGCCGGCGGGGCUGGGUUUGUGGCUCCAGAUCCCCACCCUUCUCGGCGCACCGCCCCGAACCCGCAGCACCAACGACUCUGCCGAGAUUUCCAGGGGGUCACCGGGUUAAGGCACAGAGGCGGCGGGGGAAGGGUAUCCGCAGACUCCCGGGGCCACAAGCGCGAAGCCCCCAUCCACACGGAGCCCUCCUUCAGCAGUUUCCCACAGGCCGCCAAAGUAACUUGGAGCGAAGCGAGGCGCAGUGCAAGGGCCCUGGGCGGCGGCAGAGCCGUGAGCAGCCCGCGGCGCCGACGCUGAGCGGGGCCCGGCGGGCCAGUGUAUGUCUCCCCGCGGCCGUGGCGCGCAACUCCCGGUGACUGUGCAGCGUGCGCCGCCGCCUGCCCCGACCCGCGCUGCCGCCGCCCGGCCCGGCGCGCACCUCCUUCUCCCGGGGUGACCGGCCUGCUGCCGCCGCCGGAGACACAGCUUGGCACCCCUUCCCCCGCCCUCGCCGCCGCCACCACACACACACGCACGCUUCGCUCCAUCUUGUGAUUCCUUUUUUCCUCCUGAACCCUCCAGUGGGGGUGCGAGUUUGUCUUUAUUCCCCCCACUCUACCGCCUUCUUUUCUUCUCGCUCUCCUCCCCCUCCUCGGCUUGGUGUGCGCCUCUUUCUUUUCUGGCCCCUCUUCAUUUUUAUUUAUUCAUAUUUAUUUGGCUGCUGCUCCCUCGCUCUCUCUCUCCCCUUUCCUCACUUCCUCCCUCCCUCUGGAUCCCUGCUCUCUCCCCGGAGUGGCGCGUCGGGGGCUCCGCCGCUGGCCAGGCGUGAUGUUGCACGUGGAGAUGUUGACGCUGAUGUUUCUCGUGCUCUGGAUGUGUGUGUUCAGCCAGGACCCGGGCUCCAAGGUGGUCGCCGACCGCUACGCCGUCUACUGGAACAGCAGCAACCCCAGAUUCCAGAGGGGUGACUACCACAUUGACGUCUGUAUCAAUGACUACCUGGAUGUGUUCUGCCCUCACUAUGAGGACUCUGUCCCAGAAGAUAAGACUGAGCGUUAUGUCCUCUACAUGGUGAACUUUGAUGGCUACAGUGCCUGCGACCAUACUUCCAAAGGGUUCAAGAGAUGGGAAUGUAACCGGCCUCACUCUCCCAAUGGACCACUGAAGUUCUCUGAAAAAUUCCAGCUCUUCACACCCUUUUCCCUAGGAUUUGAAUUCAGGCCAGGCCGGGAAUAUUUCUACAUCUCCUCUGCAAUCCCAGAUAAUGGACGACGGUCCUGUUUAAAGCUCAAAGUCUUUGUGAGACCAACAAAUGACACCGUACAUGAGUCAGCCGAGCCAUCCCGCGGCGAGAACGCGGCACAAACACCAAGGAUACCCAGCCGCCUUUUGGCAAUCCUACUGUUCCUCCUGGCGAUGCUUUUGACAUUAUAGCACAGCCUCCUCCCAUCACCUGUCACAGAAAACAUCAGGGUCUUGGAACACCAGAGAUCCACCUAAACUGCUCAUCCUAAGAAGGGACUUGUGAUUGGUUUUUUUGGCAGAUGUCAGAUUUUUGUUCUUUCUUUCAGCCUGAAUUCUUAGCAACAACUUGGGGCCAGGGGGGGACUAAAGUAGUUGCUGCCUCCCUCCCCCACCCCACCCCACCCCCUGCCCUGGCCCCUGACUUCCCUCACCCUUUCCGAAUUAAAUGGACUCCAGAUGAACAUGCCAAAUUGUGGUAGUGACACCAGUGGUCGUCAGCUCCUGUGCAUUCUCCUCCAAGAGCUCACCUCCGCUAGCGCACUGUCAGCGUCUAUGGACAAGGAAGGAUAGUGGCAGAUGCAGCCAGUGAUGGCAAGGCCCAGGAGGGUUUUACUCUCCCAUACAAUAUUUAUGCCUUCUUCAUUCAGGACUGUAAGAUGAUCGUGCAGGGCAUCAUGUCACCAUGUCAAGUCCAGAGGGGAGGUAUUAAGAAUAGCGAUAAUAUUACACCAUUUCCUCUAGGAGUGUAUAAAUGAACAGGCUUCUAAAAGGUUGAGACACUGGCUUUUUUUGAAAAAAAGAUGACUGUCUUAAAGCAUCCUUGACAGCAGAACUUGUGCUCCGUAAAAGAAGCCUUUUUGUCUAAGAGGCAGGUUGGGUGCUGGAAUGCUAGCACAGAGCAAGUGUGAAAACAGAAAACUAGGUUUGUGGGGAUAUAUGUAUGUAUGAGUGCCUCUCAUUUUUUUUUUCUUUUUUUUUUUUUUUUUUGGUGACGGGGCAGUACACACCAGAUGUUUUUUUUUUCCUCUGAAUACUGAUCACCAUGGUGCUACAAUUUUUCUUUUCCUUUUUUUUUUUUUUUAAGAAACUAAAAGAGGCAUUUUUAUGAAUAAAGUGACCUUCCCCGAGGCUGACAAGCCAGGGUUGACGAGUGUAUAUGAAAUAGCUUUGGAUACUCCUCUGGGGGACAGUGUGUACCAAGGAAAGGAUGUCAGUGGCCAGAGGAGAUGUAAUUUGGCUUUGCUGGAGCGCCAGUGUGCUGUGGCCUUUCCCCGACUCCCACCCUAGUACCCACAUUUUGCUCCACAUCCCACGACUACAGGGGCUCAGACACAAACCCCUGUCCCCCGGAGAGUUGUCAGUACUACUUGGGAGGGAUAAAGGGAAUUUUGGAAUAAAAAUUCCAAAGUUUGGAAUGAAAAAAAUUCAAGAGUUGAUUUUAUAUUCUUUCCCUUUCUGACACAGCCUGAAGCAUAGGGGGAACAUGUGUUUAUCUGUGGGAGAUAAACAAGAUGGAGUCCCAAAGACUUUAACAAAAUAUUUUUUUAAAAAUCCACUAGAAUAGAAAAUACAUUAUUUAGAUAUACUUUAUGCUGAGAGUGAGUAUAUAUGCUUGUCCUAUUUAAACUUGUGAGAAAAAGUGGUAUCCCUUGAUACAUUUAGAAAUAUGGGGGCUAUCUUGUUUCAUUGUGGGGGUGGGGCAAGAGGAGAGCAAACACAGGAUGACCCUGUUUAAGGAAUCUUAGCAUGGCCAACAGGGAUGUUUCCAGAACAUUACCAGGAGAUGCACGCCUUGGGGGUUUCUACUGGGGAGGCUGUCAUGAACUUUGAACUCCAAAGCCUAGACAGGGAAAAGUGUCAGACAUGUGGAAAAGAAAUCAAGCCUUUUUUUUUUUUUUUUUUUUUUUUUUUGCUAUUGCAAGACACAUCAAUAGAAACCAUGCCUUUCAGAACAAAACAUAAAUGCAAUGAUUGUGUGAGAUGUGAGCAACUGGAAGCAUUCCAGCACAAUAAGGAUUUUUUAAUAUAUUUGUUCUUUUUAAAUGUACAUGUUAACAAAAGGGGGGGCUCAUAUUAUGGACGCACUUCAUGAAUGGGAAUUUGCUAAGAAUUGUGAAUAGGUAUGAAUCAGAGAAAUAUGUGAAUGAAAGGCAGCUGUACAGGCACUGCACCCUGGAGAGUUGUACACAUGUUGAAAUGUAAUCUGGGCUUACCUGAUCCGUUUGGAGUGGAUGUUAAUGCUGGGUCUGUUCGCACUUGGAACCAUGUGAGUCGGGUUGCCAGCCUCGCAGAUACAAUCAGUCCUGUUCCCCCAGACAUCAGGAACUUCUCUGGAGUGGCAGAGUCUUAUCACGGAAGGCAGCCACCAUUUCACUGAAACAACAGUUCACAGCAUUGGAUUCUUUUUUGCAUUAACUCUUUAUAUACUCAGUACUCUCAGUGAUAUCCAGUAAUACUUUUUAUUAAUAGUUACAGGCUUGUUGGUCCAGUGGGAUUUGGGUAGGGGGAAAAAAAGCUACCUUCUAAAACGGAUCAAUAGUCAGAACCAAAAUAAUACUGCAUGUUCUAUAAUCACAAGGAAAUCAAAUGAUCCUGUAAUGAUUCCAGUUAGUCAUAACUACAUUAGCAGUGCUAAUUUCAUUUUAGAAAUGGUGACUUCUGUGGUUUUUCUAGCAUUUGUCUCUAACAAAUGAUAAAAUAAUUACUCAUGGCCCUCUCUGCCAUUGUCUUUCAUUUUCACAGUGAAAUUAGACCCCUUUACUUCACCAUUGUGCCACUACAAAUUAAGUGUAAAAAAAAAAAAAAAAAAAGAAAAAAAAAAAGCAAGACUAUCCACACCAGUAGAAAAUGUGCUUCUCUACCUAUAAGUGACGUACGUAAUUGUAGGUAAUGCUUGCCACGGAAUUUUCAAGAAGAUGAUUGGUAUCAGACAGUUUUCAUCUUGUCUAAAACGUGCUGGUGGCCUUUUGUGAUGGUGUUACAACCCUCAGGGGGCUUAGGAGGAUGUCGAUGCGACUUUGUAGCAGCUUUUAAUUUCAAAAACAAUUCAAAAGUCUGAAGGGCAGCCUUCGCUGCCUCUCAGCCCCAGUUAGUCAAACCCCAGCGACCUUUGCCCCUGGUUGCCAAGGGCUUUGCAACACGAAGCAGGGAAAUAAGGAUCUGUCUGUUUAGUGGAUACCGUGUAUCCUUUAAUAGACCAGGUAAUAGUCCGUGUUAGUUUAGACUAUUGUUUUGUACUGUACUUUCUUGGGUGGCAGAGGAAAGAAAAGUAAAACGUUUAAAAAAAAAAAAAAAAACUGCGUUCUUUAAAUUCUGUAUUAUUAGCAACCUCUGUUGUAUAUAGUGUUUGAUAAUAAAGUAUUAAUUUGAUUCUUAUGUCUUUUGUAAGUGAGAACAAUAGCCUUUCAGGAUACAAAACAUGCAUUGAGACUUUGAAACAUCCAAUGUAUAUGCGGCUAAGAAGAGUCACAAAUGGCCGAAACACUGCUCCAUACAGGACUCACGUGUGGUCAUCGCCCUCCCAAAUCUUAAGACUCCACCAUCUGGGGACCUGGAACAACACGACUUUUUUUGAUCGCUAUUUUGUCCUCAAUGUUUUCAAGGUCUGAUGUUGGAGCCCUGUGGUGUAUUAUCCCCCCAGCAUGUUGAUUUGAGAAGGUUUAGGGCAUUUAGUCUCAGUUCUGUACUCUGGAUUUUCUCUUUGUGGUGGUUUUCAUACACUGUUUUCAUUUUCCCCCCGAGAGUCUCGCCAGUAUCAAGCACAGCCCACGCAUGGGAAAGGUUGCAGACCAGUUUGUUUGGGAAGGUUAAAUGAGGGUUCUUUCUCUCUCUGUCAUUGUGAAAGGAAGAGUCAUACAGUACCUGUGGACUUUCCAGGACUUCGUUUUUCUCUGGUGCCUUAGCAACGGCAGCAGCCAUUUUAAAUAGUUUUCCCUAAAUUAAAAACAAAACAACAGUUUAAACUCCCUCCCCUCCAUUCAUUGCUCUCAGAGCUAUGAUCACUAGUUUUUCUAGUUUUUUUGGAAACCACCUCCACCACACCCCCGUUUGCCUACACACACCCCCUUUUAUUUCUUUUUCUUUCUUUCCUUCUUUUUUGUGUCUCUUGCCUUCCUCCCAAGUUUUAUUUUCCCUCAGAACCGUGAAUGGGCAGGUCUGUCUCUGGUUUGGCAUCACUGAGUUUUUCCCAUGCAUUUGCCCCAGAGCUGCUCGGAUGUGAGACAAAUCUCCCUACAAUGGGCUUGCUCCCAUUGUCUGUACAGUUUAAUAGAUGCUGGCAUGUUGGAGGUUACCCAUGAGUCAAAAUCCGCUUUCCAUGCUUACUCUUGACACCCCAUUGAAGCCACUCAUUGUGUGUGCGUCUGGGUGUGAAGUCCAGCUCCGUGUGGUCCUGUGCUUGUACUGCCCGCUUUGCAGUUCCUUUGCACUUACUCAUCGAGUGCUGUUUUGAAAUGCUGACAUUAUAUAAACGUAAAAGAAAAUGUAAAAAAAAAAAAAAAAAAAAAAAAAAAAAAAACCAACCCACACACAAACAAACCCAUACGAUCUGUAUUUGUAUAUACACGUGUCCGUACAAGUAUACCUAAAUAAAAAUUAAAGAUUUUCAUCAUUUUAA